AUGUCUUUUCCAAUGGUCCUCGUCUAUCUCGAAAAGAAUGCUCUCCAAAAAUUCCUCAACUCGACAGCUGCUUGCAUCGACUCCGCCUACACAACAGCGACAAACCUAGCUCACCUUCCCAACCAACCGUUCGGAAAUUUUAUCAUAAAUUGGGCAUUAUAUUUUCUCGCCACUCUGGUCUGGGCAGCAAUCGUUAUUGUUGUCCUCACGGCAUAUAUCGUGAUCCCUUGUGUGUUGCUAGUAUUCGGUGUAACAUGGGCAUUCAAGUACUGUAUCGAGGGGAGACUAAGAACUGGAGAUUCUUGGUUUACACGGGAGAAUUGGGGGAACGACCGCGGAAAAUUGGUUGGGUAUGAAAAUGAGAAGGGAGAGUUGAGAAAGGUUAUUGUUGAGGGUUGUUAG